CCGCCUCUUAGCCACUACACCAAACUGAGCUGGAAAGCAGAGAGGAAGGAGUUACACUCCCUCCCUUGGUACCAUUCUUCCAUUCAGGUGCAAACAGCCUAGCCUGUUUUCAAAGGAUCAGGCAGUUUACAUAAUUUGAGUCAUAGGGACACUGUGAAACUGGAGCGUAGUAUUUCAUUACUACUUUGCCUGGGCUCCUUAUUGGAAGCAACGAAUAAAACAAAUGUGAGUACUUAACUUUUUGAAGGACUAGGAACUUCAAAAUUGUUUCAGCAGCUUCUAUUCUUUGACAUAAACUUCAAGGAAACAAAAACGAAAGCUAUUGAUUCUACGUCUGAUUAAGAAUGGCAGAAGUUAUGGUUUUGUUUCUCACACUCUGCCUCCAGUUGCUCGCCCUGCCGGUGUAUGUGCUAUCCUACUUGGGACUAUGGGAGCCCUUCUGCAAAAAGUUUUUCUUUCCUUUUUCUAUGGAGAAGUUUGCUGUCAUCUACAAUUGGAGAAUGUCAAGACAGAAACAGGAGUUGUUCCGUAACAUGAUGGAAUUUGCAGAUCCUUCAGGGAAACUGACCGUGCUGGAGAUAGGCUGUGGGGCCGGCACCAACUUCCAGUUCUUUCCGCCCAAUUGCAAAGUCAUCUGUACAGACCCUAACCCCCGCUUUCGGCAGAGUCUAACUAAACGCAUGGCCCAGAAUCAGCAUCUCCAAUUCGACCAGUUCAUUGUGGCCUCAGGAGAGGACUUGAGUCAGGUAGCCGAUGCCUCUGUGGAUGUUGUCGUUUCUACUCUGGUCCUGUGCAGUGUGAAGAACGUAGAAGGUGUUUUGAAAGAAGUCUGCAGAGUGCUCAAGUCGGGUGGAGCUUAUUUUUUCCUGGAACAUGUCGCUGCUGAUCGUUCAAGCUGGACCUACCUCUGGCAGCAAGUCUGGUCUCCAACAUGGAAACUUAUAUUUGAUGGCUGCUCGCCAAUGAGAGAGACCUGGGUUGCGAUUGAAAAGGAAAACUUCUCUGAAAUAAAGCUUCAGCACAUACAUGCCCCUUUGUUCCGGGCACCCGUUCAACCACAUAUACUUGGUUAUGCUGUGAAAUAACUCUCAGUGUAAAAACAAUUCUUUAUGUCCGGAUCUCAUAUAAUGUGCAGUUUCUUAACCAGAGUUACGCCAUGUUUAAUCUGUAGUUGUUUAGCCUUUCUCUCUCUCCAGGUCCAGAUGUUGUUUUGACCGCAUUUUCCAUGGGAGAGAAUACCUCUUAUCUGUCUCUUCAGCCAGAUACCUUGACGGCCCGAGCCUUCCCACGUCCACGUUCUCAUCAUACAGAACUAUGGGGGGAGGCUGGGAAUGAAGGGUUUGAUGUAUCACAGGUUUCGUUUUGUAUCUCAUUCUCAACAAUGCCUUGGUUCAGUCAAGUUCCGUUUAGGCCUUGAAAUAUGGACACUUGUAUCUUUGAAUGCUGUCUUUCAAUAAACCUUUUGGAAUCAAGAAA